UAGAAAAUUAGUUUGGAGGCAAAAAAAUUAAAUAUUUUUUGCUUUCAAUUUUUAAUUAUUCUGAUGUCAGAAAAGUUGUUAACUAUCUUGAAUUUUGAUGAUCGGCAGCUGUUGGUUAAAAAAGAGCACACGGAUAAAUUCAAAUUUUGCUGUGAAAUAAAUAUUCACACUUGUAGUCUUCAAAUCAGCGCGGCGGCCAGGAAAAAACGUUUUGUAAUGAAAUAUGAUUCGUGGCGCUCUUUCAACCUCUGUAAACUUGUCUCCAUGCAUGAAUGAUCGUUAAAAGAAGAGAAAAAUAAAAAGCGCGCGGAAUAAAUACACAUUAGGCAGCAGCCCAUUAAAAAGUCCACGCCAUUAACUUACUAUACGGCGGCCGGAGUGCGAAGGAAUAAAUUUUAAUAAGGUUGUUCUCUCUUGGCACUGCUGGAAAAAUUUCCACCGAGCAAAUUAAAAAAAAACCGCUCGCUCGUAUUUAUAGAAAUUUAUAGAGUGAAAACGCGCACCAAGUCAAAAGACGUACGCACAAAUUACAAAUAAAAAAUAAUUAUAUAAAAUUUCAAAUGUAUUACGUUUGUCGGUUUGAAGCAGGGAGGGGGUGCCGCGUGCGCGAGCAAAAUAUCUGUCCGUGCGCCCGCCGCGCUCCAUCGCCUCUUCAUUCUCUCGGCGACCCUCGCGGAAGCUGCGUCUCCUCACCUGCCUGUGCCGACCCAUGAGGUCUCAAUUCUCACCGCAGCAGCUAGCAGAGUGCAAUGGACAUCCAGCAGACUUAUGUGUUCCUCUCAGCUCUUCUCCUCGCGUAUUGCUCGGCGGCGUCUUCUUUCGAUGAACUACCUGAUGGACCUUACAAGCUGACUGCUACCGCCGACCAGUACGUAACCAUCACGGAGAGACACUUUCCACCAGAGGGUCCGGACCCGUCAAGAGACGAAUACGCAAUUUUGGGACCACUCGAGGUGGAUGACUCUGGACACUUCAGCCUCAGGAGCAAACCAAAUGCAAUUGUUUCAGAAUUCAGCCAAGAAGAAAUCCGUCAGAAGGACCUUGUGUACGUCCCGCCAGCCGCGCAUCUGGUGCCCGAAAAAAGGACCGUCACUUUUUCCCUGAUGAAAACAUCCCCAGCGCUCAACCAGUCGUAUCCCCUGCAGUUUUCAAUCGUCCUGCUGCCGCUCGACCAGCACCUUGACCAUCCAGGGCCGCGGUUCAAGAUCACCAAUCCCACAAUCACCGCUUCAGUGGACACGCCGACCAUUAAUAUAUCACGCAAGUACUUCGAGGUUGAGGGAUUCGGCGAUGCCCACAUUCAAUUUAUGGUUAUCGAGGAGCCGGCGCAAGGUUUCCUGACCCUUCUACACCCAGACGGCUCCGCCGCGCCCCUUACCGGAGCUGAAGAGUUUUCCAACGUGCUCGUUGGCCAGGGUGCGAUCAUCCAGUACAAGCAGACCAGCCUUGGGUCAACUCUAGAGGACACUUUUGAGUUGAUGGCCACUGACAGUCAGGUCGAGGCUAUUAAUCGAAUUUUCCUCCGUUUCACUUCAUCGUCCUCAGCCGAAGUGUCGUCAAAAAAGAUGUCUGACCGUCCCGAGGUGGUCAACUUGCAAGUCAGCGAAGGUCAAAGGGUGGUGCUCACCUCAGACUACUUUUCCUACGCUCUGAGUGGUGGAGGCCGAAGGGAUGUCACCUAUACUUUGAUGGAUUCGCCUGUCUAUGGAGCAUUGGUGCUCAUGAUGGGACCUCGAAGGGAGAAGGAGCUGGCUCAGGGUGAUACCUUCAGGCAGGACGACGCCAACCAGGGUAGGCUAGAGUACAGGGCGGCUCCGGAAAUCGGACUUAGGGCUGUUACGGACAGGGUUCCGUUGACAAUUAGUGACUACACGGGCACUAGGUACAGACCUCAACUGUUGGCCAUCAGUAUUGCACCAGAGGAUAAUCAAGCUCCCAUUGUUUCUGUAAAUGGAGACAUAGUAGUUUGUGAGGGUUCAAGUGAGACUCUACCGCAAAAAUUAAUUUCCGUUUCUGACUCUGACUCACCAAAUCAAAGCCUUGUUUUUGUUCUCGAAACUCCGCCAACCUUUGGAUAUUUGGAAUCAAAUUAUAAGGGAGCAAUUCAGUCACCAGCGGGACAGUUCCCUUUUGACGCUUUUGAAAGCAACUCGAUUAAAUACGUCCAGGCAUUCCACAUGAAUAUGGAACCGCCUCGGGACGUCUUAUUUUUCCACAUCACAGACGGCAAGAAUCGAUCUCCUUCCAUGCGGCUGAACAUCAACAUUGAGUUGGUGAACGACGAGAUCCCUUUGAUUAUGGCCGAAACAAUGGAGGUCGACUCAAGCAUGGGCACCAUAAUAAAGAAUUCCUCACUGUACGUGAGCGAUUUUGACACGCCGCCCUCGCAACUUGUGCUGACAAUCAUACAAGAGCCUUAUUACGGAAACAUCCAAAGAAGGAUUUCAUCAGAUAGGCCUCUACGAAAUGGAGCAAAACUUGCUGCCGGUGACUCAUUCAGCUACUUGGACGUUAUUGAGGAGCUGCUCUUUUACAAACCUUUGCCAGACAGGUCUAGUGGGAAAACUCAUGACUCUGCUGUUUUCAGCGUAACAGAUGGUGAUUUUGUGAGCCAAUCGUCAUUAGCUUUCAAUCUAACGAUGCAAAAGCCGGUUGAAAGCGCCGGGUCACAGAUUUUGGAAUUAUCAAUCGACGAAGGAGGCUUCAAGGCUUUUUCAAAGGAGAUGCUAUGGUUUAACGAAGAGAAAAACACGCACUUUAUACUGCUGGAUAAUUUGAAACCAGGAAUUUUUCUGCAGAUUAAAGAAAACGGCAAAUGGAAAAACAUGCGCCAGGGUGACCAUUUCUCCUUUGCCGAAAUUCAGAAGGGCUUGGUCAGGUUUAAGCAUGAAACUGGAUUCGACACAAAAGUAUUCAUUGUCAAAGUUAGAGUGGAACGGGCUAAUAUGUUCAAAGGGAAUCGCAUAUUUUACAUAAAAGUAAUUGAAAACUUUGCCGCGCCGUGGCUGGACGCAAAUACAGGUCUAGAGGUACCUUUCGGUUUGACAACCAAAGUAAAUAUCAGCCAACUGUCAGCUUUUGAUUUGGACUCGGAACCCAAAGAGUUGAGAUUCAAAAUUCUUGAUGAGCCAAUUAGCGGAUGGUUUGAAGUAAAUGGAUCGGGUCGGUCGCAACAGUGGUCGCAAAGUGAUCUUGAAGCAGGAAAGCUAAAAUUUCAUCAUAGUGGGAAAAACGACAUCAAAGUCGAAAACUUUGAUUUUGAAGUUACGGAUGGCAGAAAUUUUGUGCCUGCAAAAAUGAGCAUACAAGUCAAAGGCAGCAAAGAGCAGGCUAGUGGCAUUCCCAAACUUUUGGACGUACGGAGUUUGAAAGUUAACCAAGGAGCGCGUGUCAAAAUUACGCAAUUUGAGCUGCUUGUGAUGGACGACUCUGCAACUUUUGCCGAUCUCUCAUUUGAUGUCUCUCAAACUCCAGAGCAUGGCAGAGUUGAAAUACAACGCUCUGACGGAUUUGUCGAAGAAAAACACUUCUCAAUGCUGGACGUGUUGGAAGGUCGCGUUUUUUAUUUCAACCAAAUUGAGAAGAAAAAUUCCAAGGACAAGAUUCAGCUGGUUUUGAUCAAAAAGGGUCAACGGAUCGCUUAUAUCGACGAAGUGACUAAAGCAACUUUAACCGUGCCAAUCACUUUGCCAAUUGAAGUCCUGGAGGGUGGUGGUCCUAUUUUGCUUGUAAACUCCGGAUUGGAUUUCCUUGAGCGCGUCGAUGACAAAGUUAGUGGAUACUUGUCAAUUAGGCACUUGGACGCCGUCUCAAACGACACCCCUGCCAAAAAGCUCACGUACACAGUGACAACUCCACCAAACUUUGGUCUUCUUUACACCACUGCCACAUUUCCUGAAACACCUACCUCUGUUUUCACUCAAGACGAUAUAAAUGCAGGGAGAAUUUAUUAUCAACUAGACAGCAAUGUGGACUAUUUUCAAACUAGGGAUGAGUUUACCUUUGAUAUCACCGACGUGAGCACCAAGAGCCUAACAGGAAAUAUAUUCCGCAUCCAGUGGGCUUGGGUUAACUUCGAUCAACCCAAUUACAAUAUUUCUGAAAGUAGUGCAGAGCUCUUCAUAAAAAUUGUGAAAAACGGUGGAUUCAUCAAAGACAGCACUUCUGUAGAGUGCACCAUUGUGGACAACGCGAUUGGCAGCGCCUUUAAGGAUGACGUUCAACUGAAACACUCGAUGGUGCAGUUUGAUCAUUUUGACAGGGAGGAAUAUUGCGUGCUGCAAAUCAAGGACAACAGAGCUUACCAGGGUAAAAAAGAAGUGAUCAUGGAAAUAUUUAAUCCUUCAAAAACGUUGCUUGGCCCUUUACACAGAACUCAAAUUUCAAUUUACGAUGAAGAAGAUCGGCCACAGAUUACGUUUAGGAGCAGAUUGAUUGCUGUUGAGGAAAACAAGGGGCCACUGAAAAUUGAAGUUUUUAGAAGCGGUGACCUAAAUGUCCCAAGUUCUGUGAUUUGCUGGACAAAGUCUGGCGGUGCUAAGGGAGACGCUGACACAAGCAUGAACCCGGAUUUUAUCAGUCGCACCAAAUCGCCCGGCUCCGCUGUUUUCUUCGCAAAAGGCGUCCCCAGGGCUACUUGUGAAAUUGACAUCAUUGAUGACGCCCUGUAUGAAAACGCUGAAGAUUUCUACGUCUUCUUGUCUGAACCAAGCGCCAAUUCAGCAUUGGGAGCGAUAACGAAAUUAAAAGUCAUCAUCAGUGGCUACAAUGACGUUAGCUUGAUUUACUUCUCUCAAGAAGAAUUCAACUUCAAGGAAAACUCUGGAACGGUUGAGCUACCUAUCACAAGAGUUGGGCCCGACUUGUCCUAUAGGUCCUCCGUUUGGUGUACCACUCAAGCAGUGGAUGCUCAUCCUAAUGAAGACUAUGUGCCUAUUUCUCAACAGGUCGUUUUCGAGAGGGGUGAGAGUGAAAGUUGGUGCAGGCUUACUCUGGUAGACGACAGCGCUGAUCCGAUGCUGGAAGGCCCUGAGAGGCUGCAUGUCAUUCUUUCGUCUCCGGACGGUUCCUCUCUGUCUGAACCCUCAAAGGCCGUCGUUGUGAUUGACGACACACUGGUCGACAUUCCAACGUUUGAAUUUGUAGACCCCACCUUGAUAGUGGCAGAGAACGAUUCCGAGGCGCUGGUGGUGAUUGCUAGGCACGGAGACACGCGGACCAAGGCGAGCGUGAAGUGCUUCACCAGGCACAGAUCGGCAAAGCCCAAUGAAGACUUUGUUGACAGACCGAGAAGUGAAGAGUCGCGAGUUUUCUUCAACCCAGGACAAGAGCGGACAAACUGCACCGUCAUACUUCUGGAUGAUGCAGUAUUCGAGGGUGAGGAGGAAUUCAUCCUGGGACUUGCUGAUCCUCUUUAUGGCGAAGGGGAGCAAGAAAGGGUUGCUCUUAUCGGCGACAGGGCCAUGAUCCGGGUAUACGUCGCUGACAAAGAGGAUACGCCGAAAAUUACUUUUGAAAGAAAAUUCAUAGUUGUGGACGAUGAUGAGCACGAGUCCAAAACAGUCACCGUCAGACUGAACCGAGAAGGUGAUAUUUCGGCGCCUAGUACAAUUUUAGUUAAAACAAGGGACGGAUCGGCCAAAUCUGGGUCGGAUUACCAUCCAAUUUCGCGACGACUCACCAUCCCUGCCAACUCGGACCACGCCGAAAUUAACGUCACCAUUUAUCCAUCUAACAGUGAAGACAGUCGGGAAGAGCGCUUUUAUGUCACUAUAAACUUUCAUGGAAACGAAAGCCACGAAAUAGCCAUCAUCGUCCGAACCAGAAUCCACGAGGCCAUCGUGCUACCCUCGCAACCAGUGGUGGUCUCCCUGCUCAACUACGAUAACGCGUCAAGCGUUCUUGGUACCAAACCCAGCCCCGGUUACCCUUUAGUGUGCAUCACCCCCUGCGAAGAAAGACACCCUCACUAUCAAAGUACCAAAAUUCUCUGCGAAGGCAAAAACAUGACGAUUCACUUUUUCUGGGAAAUCGCCACGCCAAAUGAGUGGCACCCUUUGCGGUACAACGCCUUCAGACGACUGUCCAAGGCUACGAUAUUCACAGAAGUUGAGGAAAAGGUAUUGGACCCGAUCCACUUCAACUCGCACUUCAACGUGCGCUGCGGCGUCCAGCCAAUGAAGCUGAACGGCCGGAUGGGUAUCCCUAUCAAGAGUCAGCACGUCACCAUCGGCGCCAGCCAGGGAAUCUGCAAGCGGGACGACAUUUUCGAGGAAAGUCACGUUCAAAGUCACACCUUGAACGCCAAUUUGUUCUACGUGAACGCGUCCGCCGAGAGAAACCCAAACACGGUGCACAUCAAAAUCGAAAUUCCGCACUCGGAUGGAAUGAUUCCGCUCAUUUCAACGCAGCCCCUCCAUAAUGCUCAAACGUUGCUCACUAGCCCUUUGUACAUCAGACACCACACGUGUUCCAAUCUGCUUGUCGACAGUGCCUUCCUCAAACAGGCUGCACGUCCCGAACUGCAAAUGCCGUGGCCCUAUCAGCUGGACGUGAGUCUCCGAGGACGGAAAACGGUCGAGAUGUACGGAAAUUUGGAUAUCAGAAGCUGCCUCUGGAAAUUCAACGCCUGGUUCCACAUGACUGAACUUCUUGAUUUCUGCCACGGAAAAGUUAUUUCAGAGUUCAAGGUUGCCGAUGGUGGGAAAAACCAGAUGACAAUCGAAGUACCUCUCUUCGUGUCCUACGUCACUUCAAGCGGUGCUGAGGAAUGGACAUCUGUUGAGCACAGAACCGCUAUGGAAGUUUCAUUCCUAUAUUCACCCCUUGCGUGGCACAAAGGCCUUCAAACCGAAGCCAAGCACUCCGCCAAAGUUAAGGUCACAAGAGUGUCUGCAAAUGAAAACGGCCAGAUUGUAAUCGAGUUCACCAGUCACGCCCUCUUCCGAGGUCACUUCAUCUUGACCAACCAUAAGCACAAGUCCAGUCUGAUGCCACCAAGAGAAAUGGCCAGCUUGACUUUCAAACUGGACCUCUUGUGGAGCGAAACGACGUGGGACGGUCCAAGGCAGCAGUGGCGCGCCACGUCUGACUCCAGCAGACCAGACUACUCAGGAUUGUACCACCUGAUGAUGGUGCCGUGCACCGUCGCUCAAAAUACUCAGUAUUCCAUAGGGGACAAGCACAAAAAGUGCACGUCACACCAGCCAGUGCAGUUUCCACUAAACGUCAACUUCAAAGUCCCCGCUCGGCCGGUGCCUGCCAGAUACUCAUUGCAGACGGAAUUCCAAAUCACAAACAACCCAAAACAGUUUCUGGCCACUCCUGACGAGGAAACUUAUGUUAAUGACGAAGCCUGGCAGUUUAGUCCUGGUGAAGUUGUUUAUGGAAAGGUCAGGUGGCACCCUGCCCAAGACCUGAAAGACGCUUACAGACUCGCAAUUGACAGGGUUUUGCUAUGCGCGGCCAAGGACGGAGCAGAGCUGCUUAUCGACCCUGCAGGCGAGUUCUACGGACGGGGAACGCAGAUUGGGUGUUUGCAACCAUCAAAAAUGUUGGCACACCGUUUCGUCCUCUUGGACAGGGAAAAUUCUGAAAUGGCGGACACAGAAGUGCAAGGAGUGUCAUUUGACGCGCACUUUGCAAAAGAAGUAGCAGCCUUUGCAAAAAUGGAAUCUCUACCUGGCAUUGACGGGUUCAUGUGGAAAGUGGAUCCACUUUACCGAAUCAACUCCGGGCAAGAAUGGUUACUUCAGGUUUUGUACAGGAUUAGGACAACAAACCUCGGUCGACUGAAAAGGUCGGAGCCUCAGUGGCAGCAGGGCUAUGUGGCAAAGGGACUGAAACUGAUGCCUCUAGAGUCAAAAGAAACAGGAUGGCCAAGCCACUACUACACAGUGGUUGCGUGUAGUGCGAGCGCCGCCUUUUCAGUUAUCGUGGCGCUCAUCGCGAGGACAGCAUUCCGCAAUUCUUACACAGUUACGACCCCAGUAGGCGUUUAAAGCUUUUUAUCACUAACCGCGUAGAUAAAUAUGAACAAAGACUGAUUAUUUAUUUUCUAUUUAAUUGUGUCCACUUAGGUUUAAUAAAAAGUCAAUUUUUUAAUAAAUGCUCUAAACUAUGUAAAAAA